GGGGGUGGAGCCGUGCGAUGGCCGCAGAGGUGCAGGGCGAAGGGAGAGUGUGAGGCGGACGGUGACUGGGGAGAGGAACCGGUCGGCCCGGGCAGGGGAGGCCGAGGACGGGACGUCCGCCCUGGCCUGACCUGUAACCCGACAUGGCCACAGCCUCACCGCGGCAGGCUAAUAGAAACAGUCAUGAAGGUUUACAGCUGCAUGUGACAGUAUCUUGUGCCAAACUGAAGAGAAAGAAGAAUUGGUUUGGAACAACGGUGUAUACGGAGUUGGCUGUUGAUGGGGAAACAAAGAAGACUGCAAAAGCAAGCAGCUCGAGCAAUCCAAAAUGGGAAGAACAGCUAACUGUGAACGUAACCCCACAAACUACACUUGAAUUCAAGGUCUGGAGCCACCAUACGUUGAAAGCUGAUGCAUUGCUUGGCAAAACGAUCGUGGAUCUAAAACAAGCCUUGGAAACGCACAAUAGAAAAUUGGAACGAGUAAAAGAGCAAUUAAAGCUUUCAUUGGAUGGCAAACAUGGCACAGUGCAGACGGGUGAAUUGACCGUCAUUUUAGAUGGUUUGAUUGUAGAACCAGAGUCUCUUGUAUCAUGUAAUUCCACAGACCCUUCUCCCAUGGAAAUCCAGCAGAAUGGUGAUGCAAUUCACGAGAAUGGGGAAUCCUCUUCAGAUGCUCGAACUGGAUCUGCCGGUGAUGUUCCCAACGGGACAGCUAAUGAAACUGCAUCCAGUUACACAGAGCAGAAUGCCUUCAAUGCGCAAAUAGCAAACGGAGACAGCGGUCACUCCCCUUCUCACAUUGCAUCUAGACCCAAAAAUACACCAGCACCAAAUCCACCCUCUGCCCAGGCUGGCACUCGAACUGUUAAUGGCACAAGUACUGCAUCUGAAGCCAGUAGCACAUCUUGCCAUGAAGCUGCAGCACCUUCUGUAGGGACUCACAUAUCAGAUUGCACGGACUCCACAAACAACACAACGGACAUACCAGCAGCGGGCACAUCAGAAAGCAGCACAUCUGCUGCCGGUGCUGCAGCUGAACCUGUAAGGGCUACGGACUCAACAUCGUCAUCAUCUGCUGCUGGCAGCUCGAGUCCUGAAGCAGCGAAAACCAGACAAGCGUCUGCUACUGCCUCUGCGGAUCCUGUGAGACAGCAGCCCAGCAGCACUGCAGAGCCUUUACCACCUGGAUGGGAACAGAGGAAGGAUCCUCAUGGUAGAACCUAUUACGUUGAUCACAACACAAGAACGACGACGUGGGAGAGGCCACAGCCUUUACCUCCUGGAUGGGAAAGACGGGUUGAUGACCGUGGAAGGGUUUACUAUGUUGACCAUAACACUAGAACUACGACAUGGCAGCGGCCUACCAUGGAGUCUGUGCGGAACUUUGAGCAGUGGCAAUCGCAACGAAAUCAACUCCAGGGAGCUAUGCAGCAGUUCAACCAGCGAUACCUCUAUUCGGCUUCCAUGUUAUCAGCGGAAAAUGAUCCACUAGGACCUUUACCACCAGGCUGGGAAAGAAGAGUGGACUCCACAGAUAGGGUAUAUUUUGUAAAUCACAACACGAAAACAACUCAGUGGGAAGAUCCUCGGACACAAGGUUUACAAAAUGAGGAUCCUUUGCCAGAGGGCUGGGAAAUCCGCUACACAAGAGAGGGAGUAAAGUAUUUUGUAGAUCACAACACAAAGACCACCACUUUCAAUGACCCUCGGACUGGAAAGUCUUCAGUAACUAAGGGGCCUCAGAUUGCCUAUGAACGCAGUUUUCGGUGGAAGCUUGCCCACUUUCGUUAUUUGUGUCAGUCUAAUGCAUUGCCGAGCCAUGUCAAGAUAACUGUGUCCAGGCAGACGCUAUUUGAAGACUCCUUUCAACAGAUUAUGGCAUUGAAGCCUUAUGAUUUAAGAAGACGAUUGUAUGUGAUGUUCAGAGGGGAAGAAGGCUUGGAUUAUGGAGGCUUGGCCAGAGAAUGGUUCUUCCUGCUCUCUCAUGAAGUGCUCAAUCCAAUGUACUGUUUGUUUGAAUAUGCGGGCAAAAGCAAUUAUUGUCUACAGAUUAACCCAGCUUCUACUAUUAACCCUGAUCACCUGUCAUAUUUCUGCUUCAUCGGACGCUUCAUUGCUAUGGCUUUAUUCCACGGUAAAUUUAUUGAUACCGGCUUUUCUCUGCCAUUCUACAAGCGCAUGUUGAGCAAAAAACUCACCAUCAAAGACCUGGAGUCUAUUGAUCCUGAAUUCUAUAACUCACUAAUAUGGAUCCGAGAUAAUAACAUUGAAGAAUGUAACUUGGAGAUGUACUUUUCUGUUGACAUGGAGAUACUGGGAAAAGUCACAUCCCAUGACCUCAAACCUGAAGGAUCCAACGUUCUUGUUACUGAGGAGAACAAGGAAGAAUACAUUGGGCUGAUGGCCGAGUGGAGAUUUUCGCGAGGGGUAGAAGAACAAACCAAAGCAUUUCUGGAUGGCUUUAAUGCAGUUGUUCCUCUCCAGUGGCUGCAGUAUUUUGAUGAAAAAGAGUUAGAGGUGAUGCUCUGUGGGAUGCAGGAAGUGGACCUGUCAGACUGGCAGCGGAACACCGUUUAUCGCCAUUACACAAGAAACAGCAAGCAGAUCAUCUGGUUCUGGCAGUUUGUGAAGGAGAUGGACAAUGAAGUGCGGCUGCGUUUGAUGCAGUUUGUCACCGGGACCUGCAGAUUACCACUUGGCGGAUUUGCCGAACUAAUGGGAAGUAACGGUCCUCAGAAGUUCUGCAUUGAGAAAGUCGGUAAGGAGACCUGGCUGCCUAGAAGUCAUACAUGCUUCAAUCGUCUGGAUUUACCACCAUACAAAAGCUACGAACAGUUGAAAGAGAAGCUGCUUUUUGCCAUUGAAGAAACAGAAGGAUUUGGCCAAGAAUGAGAAAUCUGCCGUCAGCGGCGGAGAAAAGAGCUAUUAUGGACAUCUGUUUAAUGCCCAGCCAAGUAAAAUUGCACACAAAUUGUAUAUAUGCUGUUUAGUCUGUACAGUGAUCUUUCUGAAACUAAUGCGUAGAUAUUUCUGUUCUUCCACAUAGAUAUGCAAAACACUUUAGCCUUUUCUAUUUUUAUUUAUUUUCCCUUCAAAUGACUGAAUAGAAAAAAAAAAUAACUUUAAUUUUAAAUGCUGACUGAAGACUUUAUUUUAAAAUUUAUAUAUCUAUGUGUAUGUAUGGCGAACUCUAGUUUUAUAGAGUUUCAUGUAUACAGAACAUCACAGAGCCAUUUAAGGAGGCCUGGACAUGCUUUAUUUAGUAAAAUCACAAACAGUGGAAGUUCCAUAUAACAUCUUUGACCUCAAAUGUUUGUUGCAUGGCUGCCAACCAAGCUGUUGAAGGCUAAUGCCAAAAAAUCUAAGAUGUACAAGAAAAAAACAUAACUGCUGCUGGCUUUUUAAAAUGGCAGAAUGUGCACAGUUCUCUGCCAGUUUCAUUUAUUUCAGUGUGGUAGCCAAUAAAUCUUUUUAUUUUAUUUUCUGAAUGGUGAAAUUGUAGCCAAGGCAGAGUUAGUUUUGUUAUGAUUCUUAACCUUUAAUACAGGGGGGGUGUCAUUGGCACGUUGUUCAGCAGCGUUCAGUGAUUGGCACCUGGAGCUGAAAGUAUUAGACCGAGAACAAUCAAUGUGUGCCGCCACAGGCAGGCUUUAAGACAGAAAAAUUUCUUGCGUGAAGAUUCGAAGUACAUUGCAUAAUUUUCAAAACGAGAUGAAUAAAUUUUUAACCUAACGUCA